AAUACACUCAUUAAUUGAUCAGUCACUAAUGUCAACUUAUCCAAUUUUCCUGAGUUCCCGCUAUAUUUUUAAGAUAAUAAUUUAAAUAAACAAUCACAAAUCAAAUAAUUUGAAAGUAAAGUUUUAUUACCUACAAUCAGUUCUAAUUUAAAUAAUGGGAAAAAAAUCAAUAACAGCUACAAACAAACAGAAAGAUAAGCGGCUUGCUAGAAAGCAAGAACAGAGGCGCAUUGCUGAUGCUAUGACCCACGUUACAACUGCAAAUAAACUUCAAGACUUGGCAUCCUUGUGCAAAGAAUUGUUAGUUUUCCGUAAUCUCGACCUGGAGGUAGACAUGUAUAUACAAAAGGUCACUGAACUGGAUAAAAAGGUGUUACAGUGGGCCAUAGACUUGACUGAAAAAAAUAUGAAGACACUCUAUGAAACUUGUGCAUGGGGUUGGAAUCCUAAUCGUAAGCUGGAGGAAAUGACUGAUGAUGCAGCCUGGUAUCUGAUAGCCCGUGAGAAAAAUGGAACACUCCUAGCUUUCUCACACUUCAGAUUUGACCUGGACUUUGGAGAACCAGUAUUGUAUUGUUACGAGGUGCAGGUAGAGAAGGGCGGGCGUCGUCGCGGGCUCGGCCAGCGCGUCCUCAGCGUGCUGGAGAAGCUUGCCCGCGCCACCCACAUGCGUUGCGUGCGUCUCACUGCGCUCACGCACAAUCCCUCCGCCGCCGAAUUCUUCAAGGCUUGCGGAUACAGUAUAGACGAGACGAGUCCUCCAAAAGACGAAGCGGCUCAUUACGAGAUCUUAAGCAAGGCAACUGUUAAAUCAACAGAUGAAAGUGCCGUGAAGGUAUGAAAACCGUACGUAUGGAAACCGAAGGACUAAACGAAAACAAUAGUUCAUAAAUUAAUUAACGUAAUGCCAAAUCUAAAGGUCGAUUCUAGGUUUUGUCGUCAGUAUACUAAUACAUACAUGCAUUCGUAAUGUUUUAUUUUAGUAGAUGAUAAACUUACAAUGUAGUGAAGAAAAUGUUGUUUGUAAAAUUUUAUAACUGGUGAGUUUCGAAUGAAAUUGUCUAUAUUUUCUACUCGUCUCACAGAAUAUCUAGUACAAAAAAUGUGUUGAACCUUUUUAUAUGAGUUCAGUUGGAAUUCUCACGUUGGCAAUACAGCUCCGAGAGUACCUACGUCGCUAAUUUGGACUAAAGGUCUAGAUACCAGGCCACAAACUCCAAAAAAAAAACGUCGCUAAUUGUUGCGAAUGCUAUAACGUUAAUGUGACGUCAAGAGUAAAUAUCCCAAUUUUGGUUUGUCUGUUAGUUUAUUUUUUAAUUUUUGUUCUAAAUUAUUUUUAGAUUCCGCUUUAAUCCUAUUAAAUCGUCUUUUAUAUUAUAAGAAGCUGUCCAAUAUAAGGGCGGCCCACUAAUAUUAGCGGUUUCAAAUAUGUAUGACCAAGUAUGUUACUUGAUUCAAAUCUCCACCACUAUAAAUAAAGAAAUUAGUAAAUUAAGAAGUAAAUUUAAAAAAAUAUUCGAAUAAUUGUUUAUUCGAUAACACCAGAACGCAAAUAUGCUAUCAGUAAAAUGUUAAUGAAAAACAACUCUGUGUUACUUUUUUUAUUCAAAACUAUCUUAAUACUAGUACUUAAAUAAAAUAGAAAGUAUCUAUACGAGAUUCUGACCAGCUAGGAAUGGUUUGGUGACGCCAAUGAUGACCACUGCAGGAAUUUAGCCUUUAAAGAUCUAAUAUAAAUCUUCUAAUAUAAAUCUUUCUCGGAUCGUUCGGGUAUCUUAUGAGGAUUACCCCACGCAAAGAAAAAUUGUUAUAAUCUAUACUUCUAUACUAGUAUUACAAAGAGGAAAGAUUUGUUUGUUUGUUUGUAUUGAAUAGGCUCCGAAACUACUGAACUGAUUUGAAAAAUUCUUUCACUGUUUGGAAGCUACACUAUUCCCGAGUGACAUAGGCUAUACUCUUUUUUGAAAAAAAUUAGGGAUCCUUACUAAAACUCCAAAAAAUGUGACCCAAGGAGUAAAAAAAUUACCUAAAAUAUUCUUUACAUCGCGUGUCCUGCGAACACUAUUGAUGAUAGAAUAAAAUAAUGUACUACGACUUUGUAGAACACAUUAUUAUCUACAAAAAGUGUCGGCACAGCAUAUGUCUAACUAUUAUAGUUAUGCCGCAAUAAGUGUUAUUUUAUUUAAAAAAAAUAAAACAACGCCAAAUAUCGUUGAAAUUUUUGUUAAAGACCCGAGCCCGGCUAGUUUAACUAUAACUAUAAAUUAUUCCAAAAAUGAAAACUAAAUUGAGAAUGCGUCACAAUAGUUUAAUAAGUUUCAAAUUUUUAAUGUAACUGCAAUUUUUUUUACAUCUUUUUAUGAGGCUAUUUAAUGUCCUGAAAGUGAACUUGUAAAAUUUGUUCUGUGCUGCUAGUGGCGGACAUUUGGACGGCCUUGGUAAUUGUCCUUUAAUUAUUACUUAGUACAAACUCAUGAAAAUUUUUCCUUAGGUACAUAGAACCAUGCGAUUUGUUAGAUCGCUACCUACCACUGGUUGUGUCUAAUGUGAAAUCAAUGUUUUUUUUUUAAUGUAAAAUAAAAUUUAUUACAAGAA